UCCCUGAUCUUCAUUCAGACAAAACCAGAAAAGAAAAAAAAAAACGAUGCCGUUCUUUUCUCGAGGUGAUGAUGACCAGGUCGACGAUUACGAUGAGUACGAUCCCACCCCAUACGGUGGCGGAUACGACAUUGCCUUAACGUACGGUCGCCCAAUCCCACCGUCUGAUGAGACCUGCUAUCCAAUCAGCUCAGCCUCCGGUGAAAUUGACUACGAUCGCCCCAAUUACUCCUCUUACUCUGAGCCAUCUGCUUACGCUGAUGAAGCUCUUGAAACUGAAUACAGCAGCUAUGCUCGUCCCAAGCCCCGACCUGGAUCCACUUAUGGUGAACCUCAACCGGCAUACGGUUUCCAGCCUGGAAUGAAUAGGCCCGGAUUGGAGUAUGAGUCUGAUGGCUAUGUGAAGCCGGCCAAUGAGGAAUAUGGAAGGAGACCCGAAUCUGAAUAUGGGUCUGGUGGGUAUGGCAAGCCUCAAAGUGAAGAAUAUCGAUCUGGGUAUGGAAGGAGACCCGAAAGUGAAUAUGAGUCUGGUGGGCAUGUGAGGCCAAGCGAGUACGGGUCUGGUGAUGGGCGCAGACAAGAAUCAGAGUACGGGUCUGGGAAUGCGAGGCCACAGAGUGAGGAAUAUGGAUCUGGGUAUGGAAGGAGACCCGAGGGCGAAUAUGAGUCUGGUGGGUAUGAGAAGCCGAGCGAGUAUGGGACUGGUUAUGGGCGCAGAAAAGAAUCGGAGUACGGGUCUGGGUAUGAGAAGCCACAGAGUGAUGAAUAUGGAUCUGGGUAUGGCAGGAGACCGGACUCUGAAUAUGGGUCUGGAUAUGAGAAGCCAACUGAGUAUGGGUCGGGUUAUGGUAGGAAAUCCGAAACUGAAUAUGGAUCUGGGUAUGAGAAGCCCAGCGAAUAUGGAGGGGGGACUGUGGAAUACGGAUCCGGGUAUGGGAGGAGGCCAGGAUCCGAAAAUGAAGGAAGUGGGUCAGAGUAUGGUUCUCGGUACGGGAGGAAGGAGAGUUAUGGGGAAGAGGGAGAAGGGCAUGGGGGAAGGAGCCAAUAUGAGAAGCCAAGUUAUGGAGAUGAUUCACCUAAGAGGUCUAGUUAUGCGAGACAGGAGGAAGGAGGAGAGUAUGAGAGGCCUUCUUAUGGGAGUCGUCGUAGUGAUGAGGACGACGAGGAUCGUCAUAAUAAGUAUCGUGAUGGUGGUGAAGAGGGCUAUGGCCGCAAGAAAUAUGGAGAUGACAAUUCUGAUGAUGAUGCGGAGAAGAAGCACCGCCACCACCGAAAGAAUUAUGAUGAUGAGUGAUCAAUCAACUGUUAAUGGGAUUUAUGGCACCAUUAGCUGCUACUAAAUAAAGGGUUCUGUCAUAUCUCUGCAAUCUGUUGUACUUCUGAAUAAAAUCCCGAACUUAAAGGGUUUGUGGUGUGUUCUUUAAUCUAAGCUUUAUGAUAAUGAAAAUUAUGUGGUCUGAUAUGGUGAUUUAAUCCUUCACUAGCGUUACAUUUGGAAUGGGGAUGGCUAAAUGGGACCCCCUUUGCUUUCUGGAAUUUCUCCCAGUAUAGAUGGCUUCCAUUGAGUCUCUGCAAUCUGUUGUACUUCUGAAUAAAAUCCCGAACUUAAGGGUUUGCUUUAUGAUAAUGAAAAUUAUGUGGUCU